UCAGACUCGCUUUUCACAAAGUUCUCUUUCAUAUUUUGCACCAGGGAAUUAGAUACUGGAAGCAAUUACGCAAUACAGCAUGUAUGUAGUAGUCCGAGUUCUGUGAUUUAUUAUUCGAGGGUUUUUCAUUACUAUUUUUCCCCCGAGUUAUUCAUUAUCGGAACGGUUCGGUGCGCAGUGAAGCGGCUCUCUUCGUGCUGAAGCGUUCGGGGUUUUCGCGCGCUCUCUCGGCCAAGAGGUAAAUAUUUCCUUUUGAAAAAUACGGAAUUAAUUUUGGAAUGGCCACGGCAUCGAAUGGAACUAACUUUACCGGGAACUUAACGAACAAAUUUGUCCAGCCACCCUGGCGCGUGGCGCUCUGGUCAGUGGCAUAUAGCACAAUUCUGGCAGUAGCUGUCUUUGGAAACCUGAUUGUGAUCUGGAUAAUACUGGCCCACAAGAGGAUGCGCACAGUUACAAAUUAUUUUUUGCUCAAUUUGGCAUUUUCUGAUGCAUCUAUGGCAGCCUUCAAUACUCUUAUUAAUUUUGUGUACGCGACGCAUGGUGAUUGGUACUUUGGGGAAUCAUACUGCAAAUUCCACAACUUUUUCCCGGUCACCUCGGUUUUUGCAAGCAUCUAUUCUAUGACCGCAAUAGCUGUUGACAGAUACAUGGCUAUCAUUCAUCCUCUGAAGCCACGGCUCUCAGCCAAAGCCACCAGAGGGGUGAUAGUGUGCAUCUGGGUGUUGGCGGUGGUGCUGGCCUUCCCCCUCUGCUACUACUCCACCAUAAAGGUGCUGCCCAAGAGGACUCUCUGCUAUACCGCCUGGCCUCGCCACUCCGAGGAUGCUGUCAUGUAUCAUAUCAUUGUUACUGUGCUAGUGUAUGUCCUGCCCCUGGGGAUAAUGGCUAUCACCUACACUAUAGUUGGAGUGACCUUGUGGGGUGGAGAGAUACCUGGGGACACAUCAGAUAACUAUCAUGGCCAGCUCCGCGCCAAAAGGAAGGUGGUGAAGAUGAUGAUCAUCGUGGUGGUGACUUUUGCCAUCUGCUGGUUGCCGUACCACAUCUAUUUCCUGCUCUCCGGCCUCUACAGGCCAAUCAAUAGAUGGAAGUACAUCCAACAGGUGUACCUGUCAAUCAUGUGGCUGGCCAUGAGCUCCACCAUGUACAACCCCAUCAUAUACUGCUGCCUCAACAGCAGGUUCCGUGCCGGCUUCAAGCAGGCCUUCAGCUGGUGCCCGUUUGUGCACGUGUCCAGCUAUGAUGAGCUGGAGCUGCGCACCACCCGCCUGCACCCCACCCGCCAGAGCAGCAUGUACACGCUCUCCCGCAUGGAGUCCAGCAUGGUGGUGGCGACUACGACGGCCAUCUGCGAGGCGUCGGCCGAGGCCAAGCUGGCGGGGCGGAAGGGCGCCGCGUCCUCUCGCCACUUCAACGGCUGCACCAACCCAGCGGGGAGGGCAGUGCUCUACGCCACUUCCGAUGCCCAACAGGAGGAGUUCUCGUGAAGAGAGACUCAUGUUGCCCACAGACCAGUUUUGCUGGUGUCUACAGAGUCUCAUGUCCUGUUAAGUGUCACAGGGUGGGUAUCCAAAUAAUAUACUUAUCAAGUGCAUCAUUCAUUCCUCAUAGGUGUUCAAGCAAGGUGUUCAUUAAUAUGAUUCAUGCACUGGGCAGUAUGGUGUUAUAAUUAUAUCACAGUGCAGUCAUUAAAUGUUGCAAAUCAUUGUAUUAAUACUUUCUAUUUGCUUAAAAAAUGCUUGUUGACCUGUCCUCAUUGACUGACAUUGCCUACUUGUGUUAGUCCUACUGACUGUAUAGUGUACUGUAAAUACACAGACCCAUUUGCUUUUGCUGCCAGCAGUUCACUGAUUUGCAGUGUUCUUGCUACAGAUGCAAGCACCUGGGGUGUAAACAAAUGAAAAGAAACACACACACACACACACACACACACAUAGUGAUUUCCACAUCCUACAUGCUGAUAUCUGCCUGAUGCUUUUUUGGUCUUUGCAAGUCCUGGCCUUCUAGCAUGAAGCAGAACUGCAGCAGAAACCUAUGGUCAUUCAAUGCUGUCUUAUGUUGUUGUACCUUGUUCUCAUUUUAAUGUACUUUUAAUGCCGAAAUGAUUAACUACAGGUGUAAGUCAAUGAGGAUCUACUCCAAUUUUAUCAAAGCUAACUAGACAUCAGCCAGUUGUGUAUCAUAUUUUGUUUACCUGCUCAAAACCAAAAACAAUAUAAACUCACUUACCUUUCAAAAUGCAUUCUCAACUCAACCAAAGAGAGGGCAUAGAUACAGCAUGUGAGUCAUAGAUAUAUGUGAAUUAGAGGGUGAUUUUGUCUUGAAAAUAGUAGGCUAUUUUUGAUAGUGUGUAAUUAGGUGAGUGCAAUGCCCAUUAAGAUGAGCAUGCCGUAUUUAAAAAGUAAAGUGCAGUCAUAUAAAACAAUUAAGCAUGGAUAAAAGUGGCAGUGUAGUGCUGUAGUAUAUUCAUUCACAAUAAAUGUUCUUAGCUUGAGGCACAAAGGACCAGUGAAGUGGUUCAAGGGACUCUUGUGUUAGCCACAGCACUUAGUAGCUGCAAUCUCCUUCCAUCUACAACUCAACAAAUAUGGUGUGGUGUUGGGGAAGAGGAGUGUGAGGAGCAGGGUUGGGAAGGGUACUUUUGAAAUGCAAUAGGUUACAGAUUACUAGCAGCUACCCUAUUAAAAAAUACAAUAAGUAAUGUGACUAUUUUGAUUACUUCAUCAAAGUAAUGUAAAUGUAAAUUAUUAAUGUAAAGCCAACUGUAUUUUUAUUAGUUAAAUUACUUUAAAUGACUACAUUGCUUAUCCACCUCCAAAAGUGAUGAAUCAACACUGGUAAACAAUAGAGUUUAAUUUUAUUGAAUGUGAACCCCUUACUGGCUACAUAUACCCUCACCUGCAGUUUUACAUCACCUGCCACUGUCUGAGUUUUUGUUGUUGUUAAUAACUUGCAUUUACAUCUCAAAGGGAACAUUUGUCCAGUCUUCAUCUGACCCUUUCUUUAUAUUUUUAAUCAAAAUUACUAUGUGCAUUUACAUCUCUGUGGGAAGAUUAGCAUCAAUGGUCCCCAGUGACAUUGCUGGUGAACAUUUGAAAGCCUUUUUUUUAGAAUUAGGUUGGACACCUGUAGUUCAUUUUCAAUUUCCGAGGAGCGUAACCAUGGUCACCAAAAUUAAACUUGAAUUGGUGCAUUAAACCCUUCCCGAAGCAAAGUCUUUCAGAAGUACUUUAAAGACAUCUUUAUGAAAGUGUUUGCAGUACUUUGCAGUGUCUUGCAAACACUGUUCAGGAGAAGCCAAAGGGAGUCAGUAAAGAGUUAUUCGUUACCUGUAACUCACUAAUCCGAACGCUUUCUGUUGUUUCACUCACAUCAUAUUUACACCUAUUUUGCAAACCCCCAUUUAUUUUCUCAUAGGGAGUUUUUUUUGGGAACCAAGAAGUGGAAUGCUAACACUAAAGCUUCUGGCUGAGUUGCUUAAUUAUCUCAUGGUUUGGGGCUUCCUCUCACUCUGUGGAAUAGUCUACUAUAUAGUCAAUCGGCCAUUUUGUGGUCAAUCUCUUUGAUAGGCCUGCUCAAUUGUAAACACACUAUACAAUUCACACAAACUGUACUAGUAUAAGGCUGAUGUAGGUAACAUUUUCAGCUGUAUUCAGCUGUUUACUUCCUCAAAUUAAUGUUUAUUAAUUUUACCAAAGCUUAGCAGUUCCACUGCAAUGUUUGCAUCAAACUUUGUAAUAUAUUUUUGUUGGGCGAGUUUUAUUUUUCAGUAAUUCUUGCAGUCUUUUCAAAACUAACUAAUUGUAUUGACUUUUUCUUUUGCACCGCCAAAUGCAAACACACUGCCAUUUCUCUUCUAUUCUUUCAAAUACAGAGCAGGGCCCAGUUUCCCGAAAACAUCUUAAGCCUAAGAGCGUCGUAAAGUCCCUCUUACGAACGUCUUAAGAUUU